AUGGAAGCAAGGAUCAGGCUUAGUAAGGCGCUAGAAUCUAUCCAAGAGACAGAAGAGCUCAUGGCACUGGCUCUGGUCGGAUUAUCCGAGAGGCAAGUUGCAUUCGCCAUCAUGCUCCAUGAUAUGCCAGCUGGAGUCCGUCUUCAUAUCCUCAAUAUUCUUCCGCGGUGUUCAUAUGAGGAGAUAAUGUGGUAUUUUUACUUCAUUGAGGAAAGUCGCAUCCUUCACGAUUCAAAAGGUUAUUUCAGCACAACUAUGACGAAACGUGUACUUGGUACCAUUAAACACAAAAUGGGAGGGAUAGACGCCAAUGGCAGCAACACUAAUUGCCACGUCUGUAAAGAGCCAUUCAUGGAAGAGGGUGAAGAUGUCGUAUGGAAGGAGUGUAAGGCUCACAUCAUGCAUACUGAGUGCUUUCAGGUAGAGGUGCUGGAAGGUAGAAAUCCACUCUGGGGGUACUGUAGUUGUGUGGCAUGA